CCUGGCUAUACGAGCCCAGGGGUGGUUUCUCCGCAGUAGGAAACCUGUGGUUUGGUCUGAGAAGGCCGAGACGAAAAGCUCUAAAUUGGGCUGUUUGCGGGGUUCUCCCACCGGGCAGAGGUCUCCAGAAACCUAACUUUGAAAUACUUACGAAGUGAAUGCCUCUGGAUUUUGGAACAAAACUGGGAGUUUAUAUGGAAGAAAUGAUGCGACUGUUCUCAAACUCUGUUACAGACUGAUUUCAAUUGUUGCACCAUUUUUUGUUGAGUAACAGAAGUUCUACUUCUCAUUGAUCAAUGUGACAGUGUUCAGUAGUUUACGAGAUGAGCCAAACUCGUGGGAAGUAUGACUUCUGUAUUGGUCUGGUGUUGGCUAUGAGUUCCAGCAUUUUCAUUGGAGGAAGUUUUAUCCUGAAAAAGAAAGGUCUCCUCCGGUUAGCCAGGAAGGGCUCCAUGAGAGCAGGUCAAGGUGGUCAUGCAUACCUUAAGGAAUGGCUGUGGUGGGCUGGACUUCUUUCAAUGGGAGCUGGAGAAGUAGCGAACUUUGCUGCCUAUGCUUUUGCACCAGCUACGUUAGUGACUCCUCUAGGAGCUCUCAGUGUUCUUGUAAGUGCCAUUCUGUCAUCCUUCUUUUUAAAUGAAAAACUUAAUUUACAUGGAAAAAUAGGAUGUUUGUUAAGUAUACUGGGAUCAACUAUGAUGGUAAUUCAUGCUCCACAAGAGGAAGAAGUAGAAACUUUGGAUGAAAUGUCUCACAAACUAGGUGAUCCAGGUUUUGUGGUCUUCGCAACGCUCGUUGUCAUUGUGUCUUUAAUUCUCAUAUGUGUGGUGGGACCUCGCCAUGGACAGACCAACAUUCUCGUGUACAUAACAAUUUGCUCUGUAAUUGGAGCCUUAUCAGUCUCCUGUGUCAAAGGUCUGGGCAUCACUAUAAAGGAACUUUUUGCAGGAAAACCAGUGCUGAAACAUCCCUUGUCUUGGAUUCUGCUGCUAAGCCUUACUGUCUGUGUGAGCACGCAGAUCAACUAUUUAAACAGGGCUCUGGAUAUAUUCAACACUUCAAUAGUGACUCCAAUAUAUUAUGUAAUCUUUACAACAUCUGUUUUAACUUGUUCUGCCAUCCUUUUCAAGGAAUGGCAACACAUGGCGGCUGAUGACAUUAUCGGCACCUUCAGUGGCUUCCUGACUAUUAUCGUGGGGAUCUUUUUAUUGCAUGCCUUCAAAGAUGUUAAUUUCACCCUAGCAAACCUGCCCCUCUCUCUUCGGAAGGAUGAUAGAGCAGCAAAUGGCACUUUGCUGAGUGCAUACAACAGCUUUAAUGAUGAUGAAGAAAGUUCUGCCUGCCUAGGUGAAAUGCAAUCCACUGAGAGUCUGUCAGCCAGGAGAAAUGGAAGCCUGUCAGCCUUCUGAAAAUGUCUACGUGUUACUUAAAAAAGAACAAUUCUGUAACCCUGGAAUUUUUUUUCUGCUGUGAAAUGUCUGAGCUUGUCUGGAAAUUCAUGUACUUUUUAACAGUAUGUGUAGACAAUCGUUGAUUUUUUGAGUUUGAUUAGUUUGGAUAAAGAACACUGAAAUGUUUAUUUGCCUUAUUUUUACUUUAAAAAGUACUAAACUGACCUCAGACCACAACUGGUUUUGUUGCUUAAGUUAUGUGUAAAUACUUUCAUUUCAUUCUUCUGUUUUUAAGAUGUAUUGCACUAAUUACAAUUUUAUCAAAAAUAAAUGGCUUUAUUUCUGCAUUGGUGGUAAAAA